GACUAUGAAGAUCUAGAAAAGCAGCUGAAAGAAGUCUUUAAGGAGCGAAGCAACAUCCUCCAUCAGCUGACAAAGACAUCAAGAGAACUUGAUGGAAUUAAAGUCAACCUUCAGUCUUUGAAAAACGAUGAGAAAACUUCCAAAACUGAUGUUCAGAAGCUUCUGGAAAUAGGUCAGAGACAAAGAGAACAAAUGAAGUCUCUCCAGGAGGUCCUGCAAAAUCAACUUAAAGAGACAUCUGAGAAAGCAGAAAAACAACAAGCUACUAUUAAUUUUUUAAAGACUGAAAUGGAAAGAAAGAGCAAAAUGAUCCGAGAUCUCCAGAAUGAGAAUAAAAGCUUGAAGAACAAACUCUUGUCAGGAAACAAGCUGUGUGGCAUCCAUGCAGAAGAGUCAAAAAAAAUCCAAGCCCAGUUGAAGGAGCUUCGUUAUGGGAAGAAGGAUUUAUUAUUUAAGGCCCAACAACUUACUGAUCUGGAACGAAAAUUAGCUGUGGCCAAAAUUGAGCUGGAGAAAGCAGCUCUUGACCGGGACUCACAGCUGAAAGCAAUGAAAGAGACCGUCCAUCUCUGCCUGUCAACUGUGUUCCGUAAUCAACCUCCUCCCCCUUUGAGUCUAGCCAGGACAAAUCCAACUCAGAUGUCAGUUCCCCCUGGGACAAUUGACAGUAUGAUUCCUGAUGCAAGGACAAAAAUCAAGCCUCAACAAACCUUUACUGGAAGCAAUGAGAGCUCUCAAAUUGAGACAACAAAGGAAGAAAAUCUGAACACUACUGAGUGCAAUCCUCUAAGUCUUUUACAAGAGGGCAGGACCUGUUCAAUGAAGCACAAAGACAAUCCCCCAACCAAUGCUACAGUAGAGCCAGUGACUACCCCACAGAAAUUGCAAAUCCUUCCUUGUACUGAAUGUGAGGUGAAGAAAAACCCGGAAAAACAAUUGACCAACUUUGAAGGGAGGGCAACUAGAGAAGAAAAAAUACUGUAAAUAUCAAGAAACUGUGUUAAAAACAUCCAUUUAUGAUUGUCUUCAUACUCUUUUUCAACCACAAGCUUGAUGGAAAUACUAAGUUUUUAAAGCAUGCAACUUUUUCACAAUUUUAUGUAACUUUAUAUAGUCUAAAAAUUUUCCAAAAGAUUCCAGGCCAAUGAUGAUCCUUGAGCAAUAACCUAAUUAAAAUGGAUAUCCACAGUCUUAAAUAGUCAUUGUCAUCAGUAAAUUGCCCAGUAUAGACUGCUCAGUUUUGAUCUCAAAUGCAGUAUGACAUUUAAUUCUUCUGGUUCAUUGGCUAUCUAGUAGUUUUAUCAUCUAGUUUUGAAAUUAAUUGGAGGAUGAUAAAAUGUUGUGGAUCCUUGGCAUUCUUAGAAUCCAAAUUGCAACCAUAUCAUAAAAAUUUGUCCACAUUGGCCAAUGGGAGUCACUUUCUUUAAGGUUGGAAUCGGUGUCAACCUAUUGUUUACAUGAGGGUGUUAUUGCUAUACUUCUUGUUAUUUUGAACCAUGUCUAAAUAAUGUCAAGACAAUACUUUCAGAUUUUUAGUCAGCUAAUAAAAUUUACAAAAUGUGUUUGGUAUGAUGUAGACAAAACAUCUGGGUGAAUAUCUAAAUUUCUGACAUAAUUGAUAAGAUUUUUUUUUUGGCAUUCUAUAGACACAUCCCUAUGGUUGUCUGCUGGAAUUACUCCAAGUUAGGAAUUGAGUUAUUUGAAAGGCUUGGCAAGAUUUUUUUUCAAUGAAAUUGGGUAGUGGAAUGUGGGAUGCCAAGAGGGUUGAAAAACAUAAAUAUGCAAGCAGAUAAUAUACAUUUUAAAAUGGGGAUUUGAUGAAAGUAAAACAGCCAUAUAGAACCAAUAAACCCAGAUUUAUAUAUUUUGAAAACAAAAGUAUUACUAAGACAAGUCAAUGGCUGUGAUCACCUUUGAAGUUGGGUCUCUGCAUAGGAAUACCACUAAUUAAAGAAAUGCACUCCUGAAUAAUCUGAAGGUAGCUCAGAAGCAGCAGGAAUUGAUACCUAAAUCCUAUUUGAUUGAUAGGAUUGAAAUAGCAUCAAACUUAAAGACUCAAGUUAAUGGGUUAAAUGAUCCAGUUAAGUUGUCUGCACUGAAUAUAUUCACUUCUGCUGGAUAGAUCCCAUUUUGCAAAUACACAAAGUAUAUAAAACCACUGGUUUUAUAGAAAGGAUCUGCCAAACCACAAUUAAUAUAUUUGGAGCACUGUGUCCUGGCAUGCUAUCUUAGAAGAUAUUGUUAAUUUAAGAAAGAGAAGGAAAGAAAGAAAGAAAGAAAGAA